AUUGCUGUCCCGUCCCAACAUGGAACACAAGGAAGUAUUCUUUCUCCUUCUCUUAUUUCUGAAAGCAGGCCAAGGGCAAUCCCUGGAUGGCUACGUCAGUACCCAGGGAGCUUCGCUGCUCAGUGUAACCAAGAAGCAGCUGGAGGCAGCGAGCGUAGAGGACUGUGCAGCAAAAUGUGAGGCCGAGACGGAGUUCGUGUGCAGGUCGUUCCAGUACCACAGCAAAGAGCCGCAGUGCGUAGUCAUGCCUGAGAACAGGAAGUCCUCGCUCAUCCUUAGGAGGAGAGACGUGGUUCUCUACGAAAAGGAAAUAUAUCUUCUAGAGUGCAGGACUGGGCGCGGAAGGAACUACCGAGGGACGGUGUCCAAGACCAGGACUGGCAUCCUCUGUCAGAAAUGGAAUUCCAAUUACCCCCACGUGCCCAAGUUUGUACCUGAAGAAAACCCUGCGGAGGGCCUGGAGAAGAACUACUGUAGGAACCCCGAUGACGAUGUACAGGGGCCCUGGUGCUACACAACGGACCCAAACAAGCGAUAUGAUUACUGUGACAUCCCAGAGUGUGAAGUUGAAUGUAUGCACUGCAGCGGAGAAAAUUACGCUGGCAAAGUUUCCAGGACGAUGUCUGGGAUUGAAUGCCAGGCUUGGGACUCACAGACACCACAUGCUCAUGGAUACGUCCCGUCCAAAUUUCCCAACAAGAACUUGAAGAAUAAUUACUGCCGGAACCCCGAUGGCGAGCCAGGGCCUUGGUGCUUCACCACCGACCCCAAAAAACGUUGGGAGCUGUGCAACAUACCUCGCUGUGAAACACCCCCUCCCACUUCUGGUCCUACCUACCAGUGCCUAAAGGGGAAAGGUGAGAGCUACCGAGGGACCGUGGCUGUCACCAAAUCAGGGUUCACCUGUCAGCGCUGGAGUGAGCAGACCCCUCACCGCCACAACAGGACCCCAGAAAACUUCCCCUGCAAGGCUCUGGAUGAAAACUACUGUCGUAAUCCCGAUGGGGAAAAAGCUCCCUGGUGCUACACGACCAACAACGAGACGAGGUGGGACUACUGUGACAUCCCCUCCUGUGACUCCUCCCCUGUGACCAUGGACUCAGUGGAUAGCACAGUCCCACCCCCCGAGCAGACCCCGGUGGUCCAGGAGUGUUUCCAGGGUAACGGGCAGAGUUACCGAGGGACGUCAUCCACCACCGUUACAGGGAGGAAAUGUCAGUCCUGGACAUCCAUGAAACCACACAAGCACGAGAAGACCCCGGAGAACAUCCCCGACGCGGGCCUGACGAUGAACUACUGCAGGAACCCGGAUGGCGACAGCAGGCCGUGGUGCUACACCACGGACCCGAGAGUCCGGUGGGAGUACUGCAACCUGCAGAGGUGCUCGGAGACUGUCCCUGGCCCCGCACUGACCAUUCCUGAGGCCCAACCGCCAAGAGUUGAGGCUACUGCGGAACCAGACUGCAUGUUUGGCAUUGGCAAAGGAUAUCGGGGCAAGAAGGCCACCACUGCUGAUGGCACUCCCUGCCAGGGCUGGGCUGCCCAGGAGCCCCACAAGCACAGCAUCUUCACGCCAGAGUCAAACCCACGUGCAGCUCUGGAACGAAACUACUGCCGCAACCCUGACGGUGACACCAAUGGGCCCUGGUGCUACACCAUGAACCCAAAGAAGCUGUUUGACUACUGUGACAUCCCUGUGUGCACCUCCUCGCCCUUAGAAUGCGGCAAGCCCACAGUGGAGCCAAAGAAAUGUUCGCAAAGAAUUGUCGGGGGCUGUGUGUCCUACCCACAUUCCUGGCCCUGGCAGAUAAGUCUUAGAACGAGGUAUGGACAGCACUUCUGCGGAGGCACUUUGAUCGACCCACAGUGGGUGGUGACCGCUGCACACUGCCUGGAGAGGAGCAAUCUUGCUUCAUCAUACAGGGUCAUCCUGGGUGCACACCAGGAGAAGAACUUGGAACCACACGUUCAGGACAUAACUGUGGGAAAGAUAUUCUUGGAGCCCUCGCGGUCAGACAUUGCCCUGCUAAAGCUAAGCAGCCCUGCCGUCAUCACCAACCAGGUCAUCCCAGCUUGUCUGCCCUCCUCUAACUACAUGGUGGCUGACCGCACAGUGUGCUACGUCACCGGCUGGGGAGAGACCCAAGGAACCUGGGGCGCUGGCGUUCUCAAGGAAGCCCAGCUCCCAGUGAUCGAGAACAAGGUGUGCAACCGGCCAGAGUUCCUGAACUGGAGGGUUAAGUCCACGGAGCUGUGUGCCGGAGAUCUGGUAGGCGGCACGGACAGCUGCCAGGGUGACAGUGGCGGGCCUCUGGUUUGCUUCGAGAAAGACAAAUACAUCCUACAGGGAGUGACCUCUUGGGGUCUCGGCUGUGCCCGUCCCAAUAAGCCUGGCGUCUACGUGCGCGUUUCAAGCUUUGUGGACUGGAUUAAAGCGGUGAUGAGAAGUAACUGAUGGCGUGGACACCUGAGGAGCCGCCACCUGGGCAGGGCGCUUAGCAUCCCGCAAGCAGCGGAAGCAAGCGAGGCGCCGUCCUUCACGGCUGCCCACUGCCAGCUCUCAGCACUUUAUAUUUUUGUGGGUAAAGAUUUGCUGCCACGGACUGCUGAAUUCUGUAAAAAUAAGGCCACACGGUUAUGACAUUUAUGGGAAAUAUACACUGUCCUUACUUA